GGGACCUAAAGGCGCUGGUCCACAGUCAGUGACGUAAUCCCUGGGCGACUGGGAAACAUUCAAAACAUUUAUCUGUUUGAUUUUUCGGUAUUAUAUUGUCCAGGAGCCUAACGUAAUGGCUUUGGAAACGGUCCCAAAAGACCUUCGCCAUUUGCGAGCCUGUCUUCUUUGUUCUUUAGUGAAGACCAUUGACCAGUUUGAAUACGACGGUUGUGACAACUGUGAGUCGUACCUUCAGAUGAAGGGGAACCGAGAGAUGGUUUAUGAAUGCACAAGUUCCUCUUUCGAUGGUGUGAUAUCCAUGAUGAGUCCUGAGGACAGCUGGGUAGCUAAAUGGCAGAGGAUAGGUAACUUCAAGCCGGGUGUUUAUGCAGUGUCAGUGACUGGCAGACUUCCCCCAGGCGUUGUGAGAGAGUUGAAAAGCAGAGGAGUAAUAUACAAAUCCAGAGAUACGGCAGUGAAGUCAUAAUCCUGAAGUCCAGCACCAACACAUAUGAGCACGGGAGCUCACAGGAGAUUCUUUUUUUAAAAGUUUUGUUUUUUUGAAUAAUUGUGAAAAAUAAAGGUCUGUUUUAUACAAAA